GAGGGGCUCCCCGGGCAGUGCUACGUGCAGGAACGGUUACAUGAUGCCGGCCAGGAGGGGUCUCCGGGCAGUGCAGUGUGCAGGAGCUGAGCCCAGCGGAGCAGUGGAGGGAGUGACUUCCCCAUUCCUUCCCCAAACUCAGCAGCGCUGACAGGGGGAGGACUCGCAGACCAGGGGCCGUCCUCUAGCUGGAUGAUGCAACUUUGCCUUUAAGAAAAGCUGUGACAGUGACAGGAGGCUACAGACAGGAGCCGGGGUCUGCCGGGGGAGAGAAGGACUGACUGCAGCAUGCCCAGAGAAUUACGGGAUCAGACAAUAUAACUGCAGCACCCUCUGCAAGCUCCACUUCACGAAAGUGACUUUUCUCUGUAGUCACUUGUCAGGCGUCUCCCUACCUCUAGGAAAAUGGCUGAGAAAUGCGGGGACAGCAUGCUGAACGGGGCGGUGCCUAGCGAGUCCAGGAAAAAAGACGAGAAUGUGAAGAGAGGAAACUGGGGCAACCAGAUUGAGUUUGUCUUGACCAGCGUGGGGUACGCAGUGGGACUGGGCAAUGUCUGGAGGUUUCCUUAUCUCUGUUACCGGAAUGGAGGAGGAGCGUUUAUGUUCCCAUAUUUCAUCAUGUUGGUUUUCUGCGGGAUUCCACUGUUUUUUAUGGAACUCUCAUUUGGACAGUUCGCCAGUCAGGGAUGCCUUGGGGUAUGGAGAGUGUGCCCCAUAUUUAAAGGUAUAGGUUACGGAAUGAUGGUCGUUUCCACCUAUAUCGGUAUUUAUUACAACGUGGUUAUCUGUAUCGCCUUUUACUACUUCUUCAUGUCUAUGAACCGUGUCCUGCCGUGGACUUACUGCAAUAAUAUCUGGAACACGGCUAACUGUGUUGGUGUACUAAGCCCCUCAUCCAACUCAAGCCUCAACAUCACCACCUAUCAGGCCGCAUUGAACAUUUCGGCCAUUCUCAACCAGACUGUGAAGAGGACGAGCCCGAGCGAGGAAUACUGGAGGCGUUACGUGCUCCAGCUGUCGGGCGACAUUGGGGAUUUCGGAGAGAUCCGGCUACCCAUCUUAGGAUGUCUGGGUUUAUCUUGGUUCGUUGUGUUCCUCUGCCUCAUUAGAGGUGUGAAAUCCUCUGGAAAGGUGGUCUAUUUCACAGCCACAUUCCCCUACGUGGUCCUCACAAUCCUCUUCAUUCGUGGGAUAACCCUGGAGGGAGCUGUGGAUGGGAUCUUAUAUUAUCUGACCCCACAGUGGGACAAGAUCCUGGAAGCUAAGGUUUGGGGGGACGCGGCUUCCCAGAUAUUCUACUCUCUGGGCUGCGCGUGGGGUGGACUCAUUACAAUGGCUUCAUAUAACAAGUUUCACAACAACUGUUACAGGGACAGUAUCAUCAUCAGCAUUACCAACUGCGCCACCAGCGUCUAUGCUGGCUUCGUCAUCUUCUCCAUUCUGGGCUUCAUGGCAAACCACAUGGGAGUAGACGUGUCCAAAGUGGCCGACCACGGACCCGGGCUGGCUUUUGUGGCGUACCCUGAAGCCCUGACCCUGCUGCCAAUAUCUCCCCUGUGGUCCUUACUGUUCUUCUUUAUGCUCAUCCUUCUGGGACUUGGGACGCAGUUCUGUCUGCUGGAGACUCUGGUCACCGCCGUCGUGGAUGAGAUCGGCAAUGACUGGAUAAUCCGCUGGAAAACCAUUGUGACGCUUGGGGUGGCGGUGAUAGGUUUUCUGCUGGGAAUCCCGCUAACUACACAGGCUGGGAUUUACUGGCUUCUGCUGAUGGAUAACUAUGCCGCCAGCUUCUCGCUGGUCAUCAUUUCCUGCAUCAUGUGUGUGGCCAUCAUGUAUAUUUAUGGACACCGGAACUACUUCAAGGACAUUGAGAUGAUGCUGGGAUUCCCCCCUCCGCUCUUCUUCCAGAUCUGCUGGCGUUUCGUCUCCCCGGCCAUUAUAUUUUUUAUUUUAAUUUUCACCGUUGUUCAGUAUCGCCCAAUUUCAUACAAUGACUACGUCUAUCCGGGCUGGGCCAUUACGCUGGGAUUCUUAAUGGCUCUCUCCUCGGUCAUCUGUAUCCCGGGAUACGCUGCUUUCACCAUCUUUCGGUCCGAGGGGGACACGUUCUUCCAGCGGUUGAAGAACGCAGUGAAACCCAGCAAAGACUGGGGCCCCGCUCUCCUUGAGCACCGGACAGGCCGCUAUGCACCGAGUGACGGCAGCCCAGAGGCCCAACCACUGAAUCCAGAGAAGCAGAAGGAAGAGAUCGGGCUGACAAUACAGGGCAGCAAUGGGCAGGCCCACAGCCAAGACUCUAAAGUGUAACCAGCUUCUGAAGGGGGGUUGGAGAAAGGCAGAGGCACUGGUAGGAUGGAUGAGCGUCUUACCCUCUAUCCCAGUCUCCCUCUUGUACACAUCCAGACCAGUUGUACCCUCCGUUGUCCUAUUUCCGACCCAUCACGUCAGAGAAUCCAACAGAAUUACUACCGAACUAUAAGAAUCUCCUGUUCACUUGGAGACUUGGGGCCCGAGGUCGCCGUGUUCCUACUCCCUACAUUUGGAUUAGCAAGAGAAGACUCUAAUUGGACACUGUUACGGAGCGGGAUCAUUAUUUCAUAUUGCCAUAGGUGGGAGGAAAUGGGGGAGAGAGGAGAGAUGAAUUCAUCUCAAACAAGUAGCUGUAACUCACGUUUCUAAUGGUAGCUUACAUGAUAUUUUAUUCUUUAGAAUUCUAUAAACCUCAGUUUUUAACUCCGGGGAGGUCAGGGGUCGGGAGCCCUCCUUAAAGCUUCCUCCACCACUUGUGGGUCUGGUGCCCUCGUACCCAACACUUUAGGACAUUUUACUGUGCUGGGGACAGGGACAAGAAAUACGAGAUUCAGAUUUCCUGUUACUUGAGGAAAACAGUGAGAAGAGGAGGAAGGGAGGGGGGGGGCAUUUUGUGAAAUUGGGGGAAGGGUCCACUUGUCUACCUGCUGUAUCUACACAUCUGCCCUUUGGGUGAUGGACUGAUUACACAUAAAGUGGAAGCUGCUACCUGGAGAAUCUCUAGAGAAUCCGUGUGUCCCCGGAGGGAAACAGCAUUCCUUAUACUCUUCAUACACCUCCGUGUAUCAUUCUCGUAGUGAUGGCACCACAGCGCCUCCUGUGGAUCACAUGGUCUCUGUACUUCUCCGUAUUACACCGUUACCUCUGCUGCCCAUAGGUCACUUCCAGCACCUGUCCCCCCAGCAAAUGUAUUGUCUGUUUUCUCUACAUCCAGUAUUUGAAGUAGUUUGUAACUCAGAUCUUCUUCCUAAUGUUUACACUUACGCGUCAAAGUUCGGUAACAGGACAGAUUUUCAGGUUAUACUCAACUGUCAAGUAGAAUUGUAAGUAAUUUAGGAAGUGUAGAAAAAUGUGUCCUAUUACCAGUAAAUACCCUCUAGUGGUGCUCUGUAUUCCUGGCAGAGACCGGAGUGGCAGUAUACCGGCUCCAGUCACUGCUAUUGUAUCCACAUUCCACAUGACAACAGUUGUCUGUGUGCUUGGUGCAGAUACUGUCAGGUGGUACCCUAACGCGUUGUGUCCUUUGUGCUGCAGUCAGUACAAGGCCAAUAAUAUGUUGUUGUUUUCUCACUGCCAAAAACGGAGAUGCAGCUUCAGCAGUGCCAAAUACUCUCCGGCAAACUAGGUGUUAAUAUGUUCUUGUCGGGUGGCAAUACUACAUAAAAGGAGCUAUUUGAGGGGGGUGAAGGCUUCUACAUAAUACUGCACAGUGCGAUAUAUGGUAAUAGCAAGUGGCCGAGCUGGGAGAAAUGGCCCAAUGUGGUUAUGGGAUGGGGUAGAUAUUUCAUUUACAUACAUGAAAUGCCAGCUUUGUGCCCGGAGCUGAAUUAUAGAGGGUUGUUGGUGGUAUAUCCAGCUAGGGUCUAGGAUAUAUGUACAGGGCAGUGCAGGAACUGUCUCCUGCUGCAGAGAUAGUUUAGCAACGCUCCUGGGUGCCAUAUGUCAUCAUGGUAAUAACCUGAUAUUGUCCUAUAGAAACCUUCGCCAGGACCUGACCUCGGUAGACAGGUCUGUCCUCUAUCAUAUCGGGAAUGAAGAAAACAAUUCCCUUGCAUUUCGCACUCUGCCUCCAUAUAGCAACACUAGUUUCUGUGAGGGACACUAACAUCUCAUCUCCUUCAGAUCUACGUUAGUUACAAGGCACCGCCAUUGCGCAUGAGGCCGUGUAGAUACAUUUUGAGACAAAAAGUUAACGUGCCAGACGUAUUACCAGCAAUAACUGCCUGCAGGGACUUCAUGAAUGUGUUGAUGGCACAAACUUUGAAGUCAUAGGAUUGAACCAGCAUUGCAAGAAACUAGUGACAAAAUGGCUUCCUUCACAGUGAGGCCACAUCUGUAGUAUUCCUGUCAUGGAAGAACCGAGUCACAGGCCGCAAGUUAGUCCUAUGAUUUCCCCUGAUGCCAGAAUACAUCAUCGGCUUCCCCCAGGAAGUAACUUGACGUAAAGACUGACAAGGUUAUUUAGUAAUAACUAUAUGAUAUAGUUAUAUAUAAAUAUAAUACACCAGCAGCACAAGACACUUAGACACUAAGGAGGAAAGCGCCCCUCCUCACUACAUGAAAAUAUACGUUAGAAAUACCUCAUUGGCCUGCACAGACGCAGUCACACCAUUGUUUCCUGGUACACGUGUCAUAAGUCCAUUAUUACAGCGGGCAGAACCCGCUUCUAAAUUGCAGCGACUAUAAUAUGCAGAGCUGGUGCAUUAUGGGAGGGGACACAUUAUCCGGAGUUCACAUUCACUGUAAUACACAAUAUCUGUGGUGCUGUUACGUAGCUGCUCGGGUCUUCUUAUGUCCAAGCUGUGUUCUACAGAUGUCUUUAGUGCAAACCUACAAACUACACUGUGCAGACUUUAUUUUUUAACAAUGCAAAAUAGACAGUAUUCUGCUGCUCCUCCUGCGACGGAUGGAAACGUCACGUUGCAGUCUUUAGGAUGUUAAUAGUUGCACUAAAUACAAUUAAUUUUUUGUUGUAUAAAUCUGCUAUUUUUCUGUUGGGUAUUUUUUGGACUUUUUUUUAAUACCAGGAAACAUUUUUGUUUUUUACAUAUUUGUUUUCACAUAUUCCGCAGACGUUCCUCCUCCUAACUAGUUUCACGAGAGCGGCGCAGUCAUGGAGUAAGGUUUUGUACAGCAUGUAGUUAGGUACUGACUCUUAGAGAAGAUGUGAUUAGCUGUAACGAGAUAGUGCAAAUAAUAUUAGUCUGUGUUUUCACCCCCCCCCCCGUGUGUCUUCUGUGCGCUAGUUGACGCCUUUAGGCUGUGUAUAUGAAAGCUCCAUGCUGUAAAUAAUUCAUGGCGUGUGCACCCCCAGAUUAUAUUCUCAGUGUACCCCUGGAACCCAAUCCCUCCAUAGUUUAAUAUAUUUGUGAAUGUACCGGCACGUCUGUGGUGUUUAGAGAAGAAUGUAUGAUGGAGAAUUGUCUGUAAUAUUUUAGUACAUUUUGUUUGUAAACUUUUGCUGAUGUCGCAUUGCUGCACCUCCAAGUAUUACAAUUUAACAGAGGUUGUAGCAACCAUUGUCUAAUUACUUUCCUCUGAUAGCGUUAUGAACUAAUCAGUAAUAAUAUUUUGUCGUUAGUGAAUUGCAUCCUCUUUUUUUUUUGUGUCUUCUGAAACUUUUUUUUUUAACCUUUUAAAUUCCCAUUCCCCACUGAUAAACCCAAAGUGUAUAAAGUCACACAGCCACACAAUAUUCCUGCGAACAGUAAAGCACAAUAUUCACAUCAAGUGUCACAGUCUGACCUCAUUGUCCUGCGCAGUCCGGACCCCCCUGCCAAACUAUACGCCGCAGCACAAUAAGGUUACCAAGCACAAGAUGGUGCAGCAAUUGUGUAUGUGGAGAUUGUGCUGAAUUUAUCACCAGCAUCACCGUGAAAGGUGACUUAUGGGGGCUGGGGGCACAAAAUAUCUCAGUACUAUGCCCCAUACAUAAGGGUCCGAUGCUGCAUCUCGUCGGCUUUGUGUGACUUGUAGCCGCUGUCACUGCAAAAGAAAUCAGAAACCUAUUUCAAGACCGAUGCACAAUGCUUGUCGAGGUCUGUGUAUGUACAAAGGGUGUGUCCGGCCGAUGUUCCCUUAGUGUAAUAAUUAUGAAUCACUGUAGAAAAGGUCAUGUCAUUUUAUUGGUCCUGACAGUGUGACAGAAAUAAAGUUGUUUUCUGACCUCUC